UUUGUUGUUGUUGUGAUUGUUGAAAUUGUGACAACAGAAACACAACAACAACAGAAGAAAAACAUAAAACAACAAACGUGUUUAGUUUGUAACUUCUAGAAUUAUCAACAACAAACACAACGCGUUUAGUUCCUCAUAUCUAGCAUUGGCAACUCUCGAGUUAGAAUCUAGAUCAAUUCUCUGUCCAUCUAAAAAAAAUGGAUCAGGAGGGGCAUCCCUUUCAAUUUAUCUCUUCGCCUCCCUUCCUCUCCUCUCCGCCACUGUCAACGAACUGUAGAAGAAGAAAAACAAGAAAAAUCUUCCUUCAGCGGCGGUAAUUCCGAGUCAAAUCGGAGACGACUCACUCCAUGGCCCCUCUCUUAUGGAUGGGAAAGAUCUGGAGGUGAAUCACUUCUUGCCGCCUCUCCUGUCGGGAUGGAGAAGAAGCCGGCCAAACCUGGAGAAGAAGUCGUCGCUUCUGUCACCGCCCGCCAUGUCCCUGCCCCGCCGGGAAGAAGCCUGGGUCUUCGCUGUGAUUGGGAUUUGAGAGAAAAUCCCAGGGAUUGCGAGAAGGAAGAGUAAGAAAGCCUAGGUCUUCGCUGGGAUUGAGUCGUCGCUGGGAUUGGGUCGCCGUUGGGAUUUCGCACAAAGGAAGAGGAAGAAAGAACAUUGUGCGAUGGUACAGAAAGAAGGAAGAAGAAAGGAUUAAGGAAUAACGAAAUUAAAAAAUGAAAAAAUUGGCAAUUAAUGAAAUCCCACAAAAAACCCGUGUGCAACGCUGGGGUGAAACGGAUCCGAAGCCCCAAUUUGACGUUUUGUUGAUUUGGGCCUUAUUGCCCAAAUCUGUUGGGCAACAGGAAAAAUAAACCCAACUAAACACGUUUUAUUUUCUUGGUUUUCACAAUUUUUAAAAGCACAACAGAAAACAAAAACAAGCAACAAUACUAAACAGGGGUUAGCCAUAUCGAACGGCUAACCAUCACAGUUAAAAAAAGCCCAAUUCAACUGUCCUGAGGCCCAAUUAGAAGGCCAAUUAAACACGAAGCCAGAGUCCGACAAACACAAAGGAAGCCGAAAGACUGGAAAAUUCCCCUGAAGCGAAGAAAUUGAAUCAAGGAAGAGCAACCGGAGAAGAAUAGUGAGAGUUCAGCGAGAGAGAAACAGGGAGCGGCAGCCAUGGAAGGUAGCAUUAGCAACAGCAGCAGCAACGAGGACUUCGCAGUGGGUUGCAUGCUCUCCAUCAAAACCACUUUAGGCGACGAAUUCGACGGCCAAGUCAUCACCUUCGACCGCCCAUCCAACAUCCUCGUCCUUCAUAUCCUUUUCUCCCAACUAUCCUUCAUUUCCCAUUCUGUCUUUCCUUUCUCGCAGGGAUCCAAACCUGGGCCGAGGAGGAACAUACGGUUCCUGAAGACGAAUUACAUCAAGGAGUUCUCUUUUUUAGGUCAAUCGGAAGACCCACUUGACAUCAAGAAGUGUUAUAUCGAUCUCCAGAGCCUCCAGGAUCGCGAGGAACUAGCGUUGAGGCAAGCUGAAGCAGAUGCCGAGAGAAUUGGAGUUGGUGUCACUACUGAGGCCCAGGGUAUCUUUGACGCCUUGUCUAAGACGCUUCCAGUUCGCUGGGACAAGACCUCUAUAGUUGUUAUGAAUGAAGUGCGAGUCAGUAGCCCUUAUCUUCCUGAAAAUGUUAUUGGAGGAACUCCUGCUGCUAAUGACCGGGUGAAAAAAGUGCUUGAGCUGGAGAGGAGAAGGUUGCAAACUCGCCCGUGAAGAUCAAAUUUUUGGGAUCCUGUGCAAUUUCUUCGAAAGGCUGCCUAGUUGGGCAAAGAAAUGCGGUGUGGCUCGUUGCUACACUCUGUGUGAGCAAAGCAUGUUUCAGUAACCUCCCUAACCGUAGCUCAUUUUGCAUUUCAAUCAUACUGCUGAAGCAACUGGGGAUUUGUCAUAGCUGAGUCUCUCAUAACAUUUUUAGUUGGUCUGGUUUCGGUGCCCUCUUGAUAGGUUCUAUUGUGUAUGAUUUUCAAACUGCUGAGGGGUUGCAGCUCUUUCUUUGGCGGAGUUGGAUUGAUAUCAUAGGCACAAGAAAUAAAUGUCUGGUUCUUACAUUCUCUUGGUGUCGGAUAAUCUUGUUGAGUUGGUUUGAGCAUGCAUUGCUUGGCCUUGGCGCAUGGUGGAAUGAGAUGUUGGUUCCAGUUUGCUCCAUCCUUCUUCAUGGUUUUAGAUCUCAGGAUUAUCAGCACCUUUAUGAGAUUAUGAAGUUCCCUAAGUUACACCUCUAAUUCAUUGGCUGCUUAUUAUCCCACAAGAGUAAUAAUUUAGUGAAAUAGUCUAAGUCAGGAAAAUUUUGUGGUGCCAUGGAGGAUGGAUGAGGAACACUGCAAUAAUGAAGGGAAAAAACGGAACCUAGCAUAUUUCUAUCAUGACUCAUGAGUAGUCUUGCCUUCUUCUGUAGAGUUGUGUUCGAUCAAGAUAUAAAAUCUACGAUUGCUCUCGACUUUGUAGGGCUCAAUUCCCAAUCUUACUUUCUCGUUGGAAAAAAACCUUCGACACAGAAACCCUGAAAGAUUGAAGCAUCCAUCAAAGAAAUAAAGGACACGACUGUAAUCAUGGUCAUUGGAUUGCGUAUAGGGUCAAGUGAUGUAGAUAUGCUCUAAUGUGGUAGAAGAUUUCUGUAUUUGAGGUGUUGUUUCUGGAAUAUAUCGUUGAGAAUGUUGCAAGUAACUUAUAAGUGAAAAAGUAUUGUCUCAAAUGUAGCAUGCAACUGCAAGCAUCAUGUUCUCUAAUCUUGGCAUGACCACUUUUAACUCUUGUCGAAGUGGAGAAGAAUGAUGAUUUAGAAAAUGGAGAAUAAGGAGUCAAUACGCACAACUUGUGGAUGUUGAGAGAUGGCAGUCCACGACGAUGGUUGGUCAAAGGGAAUGAACGAUGAAGAGAAGCACAUUUAUAAUCUAGAGUCACGAUUUAUGAUUCCAACUAGAGUUAAGGAUCGAAAGACGCAUCUAAGGUAGCUUGAGAUGGAUUUGUUUUGGGGAAAUUAACUAUGUUUUUUCUUCUUCCCAUGGUCCACUAGUUGCACUUUAAGUACACCUCCAAUUGUCUAAUCAUGCCUCACAAUGCUUAAUCUUGAUUAGACACCGCCUAGCUCUGCCUCAACAUCAUGAAUAUUUGCUGCAUUAGGCCUAGGUGAGGUGUUUUGUCAUCCUCUAGAGCCUAAGUUUAGGCGUGAGUGGAAUUAUUCAUUCUUGAACCAUGCUUAAUGCAAGUCCAAUAGGUAGAUUAUAAGAAAAAGGUUCUAGUUAU